CAUCUGUCUACUUUCCUGGAAGUAACUAGAAUUGAUAAAGUUUGUGUUUUAUCAUGUUUCCAAAUUUCCUUUUCCCCACGCAAAUUCGCCUCCAUAUUCAUGGAUCCUCCGCAAAAAUGCUGCUUCCUAUGUUUCUCUUCAUUUUCUAAUUUGUUUCCCUCUUUAGUAUGUGAAAAUGAGAAAUUAACAUCAUCUAGAUACAAUUCCUAAGACCAAAAAAGAUAGAAUCGAUCACUUCUCAAUCAAAAUUCGUCGCUGCUAUGGCGACAAUUCCUAGCUGGGAUAAAUAUUAGGUACAAGGCGGGCAAUGAAUGCGUAGGUACCAGAUUGCUAUAUACUCCUGUUUAUGUACCUACAUGUACUCUGCCGGAGAAAGAAGAAGGGGAAGCUGUUGUCCCUAUUAUAGUAUGCCAGUGGUACUUUUUCCAGCUAAUCUCAUCGUUUCGCCAUGCUUUUAGUUACAGUCGAGACUGCUAGUGCUGACGACUAAAGAGAGCUUGAUAUCUUACACGUUUUCACACGAUGAAUAUGAACACAUCAACGGUUGGUUUUCCUGAUUUGGUAAUUCAAGCGUAAGAGCCCGUUUAGCUGUUUUAGUGAGGGAGAAUGCAAGGCAAGUGAUGGUGAAAAAACUUGCCACCCCAAUGACCUCAAGGCGCUGAUCGAUUUCAAGUCUGGGAUCCGCCAUGACGAUUCAUUCCGGCUGGAGAAGUGGAUUGGGCGUGAUUGCUGCAAAUGGGAUGGCAUUGUUUGUGACAAUGUCACUGGAAGAGUCAUAAAGAUGAAACUCCCUGGUGCAAUGACCAUUGAUGAUGCUCCUGCGCAGACAAGUAUGGAUGGCGUGUUAUCUCCAUCACUGUCACUCCUGACCUCCCUUGAAGUUCUUGAACUUAGUGGACUUUCUCACCUCGAAGGGCAGAUCCCUCCGCUGAUUGGGAAUUUGGCAAAGCUCCGAACUUUGGCCCUCUCUUACAAUGGUCUCAGUGGUCCAAUACCAGAAAGCAUUGGUAAGCUAUCAAAACUUGAGGAAGUGCAUCUAAAUUCUAACAACUUCUCUGGCUCUCUUCCUUCCAGCCUUGGAAAUCUCAGCAGUCUUGGAACAAUGGAUCUUACUUCAAACCAUUUUUCGGGUUCUAUACCUCAUUCUAUUGGAAAUCUGAUGAAUCUGGUGAACUUGUAUCUAGAGAAUAACGUACUCACAGGCUAUAUACCAAAAUGUAUUGGUAACUUGCAGGCACUCCAAGAUCUUAAGCUAUCAAACAAUCUGUUGACUGGGGGAAUUCCGUUUUCCAUUGGCAAGUUAAGUUCUUUGCGCUCUAUUUUACUGGAUAAUAAUCAUCUUACAGGAAGGAUACCUUCUUCUUUUGGGCAACUGAAGUCACUCGUUACACUGUCCCUUCAGAAUAACCAGCUUGAGGGGCCAGUCCGUUCCAACUUAGGCCAGUUACAAUCAUUGGCAGAGUUAAAUCUUGGUGGGAACAGAUUAUCUGGUAAACUACCAAAAACUAUUGGCCUGCUCCCACUUUUCACCUUAAGCAUCUCGAACAACAUGAUUGAAGGACCACUACCUGUGGAGAUGUCUUCUCUCACGAAUCUUUCAAGACUCUACCUGUCAUUCAAUCCGCUGAAUCUUUCGUCAAUUCCAACUUGGCUUGUGGAUAUGCCAUCGAUAAACGCGAUUCACUUGGCUGGAUGUGGAAUAGAAGGUGAAAUUCCAAGGUACCUACAAAGUGCUGCAAGCAGAUGGGCGGAAUUGGACUUGUCAGCUAAUCAUCUCACUGGAAGCAUACCUUCCUGGCUUGGGAGCUUCCACCUGCAACAUUUGAAUCUCUCAACCAAUUCACUUUCUUCCGAGAUUCCUGCUACCUUUAUAAGUUUCGAAGGCUUGGAAGAGUUGGACCUUCACUCAAAUAAAUUAUCAGGUUCACUGAACUGGUUAUUUCAAAUGAGAUGUAGUUUCCCUUUUGGAUUGUCAUACGUUGAUAUUUCUAAUAACAGAUUCAGAGGUGAUAUCGAGCUGAUUGGCAAGGGAAGCCAACAGAGAAUUACAAAUCUUAAUUUGUCGAAUAACUUGCUCAAGGGUGAACUGCCAAAAUCCAUUGGAGAGUUAGGGUGGCUGUGGAGUUUGGAUUUGAGUUACAAUCAGUUGAACUCUGUCCUGCCAGAAUCACUAGCAAAUGCAAGCCUCUUAGAGAGGCUGAAUCUGCAACAAAGUAAGUUCACCGGUACGAUACCAUAUGAGUUUUUGAAGUUCAAACAUCUAACAGAGUUGAACCUGUCAGGUAAUCUUCUUUCAGGGGAAAUUCCUCAAGGCAAGCCACUGACUGGUUUUCCAAAGAGCUCUUAUUCUGGGAACAGAGGUCUUUGUGGCGCACCCCUUCCUCCUUGCAAAAGGACUCAAACAUCACAUCCAUAGUCUUGUUUUUAGGCCUUGGCUUAUAACACAUAGUAUGACAAUGUGAUAUAACAGCAGUUGCAGUUCUACGUGGAAAUAAGAAAGUACAACUAAGCUGAACUUUGAAA